UGUCUUGUAUUGGUUUCAAGAGAUCAUGGAGAAAGGAGAACAGCUUUCAAGGGAUGUUAGCAGCAGAACCAUGUGGACAGCAUUCUUACUCACGAUUGCUUUCAUUUGGAUCAUCUCUCCAAGAAAUGAUAGGGGCAAGAUGAAGAAGGAAUUGGGCAAAGAUAUAGAAGACCAUAUGAUUCUCAGCCUCUUAAAUCUUGCAAAGGCCUCCUAUGUGAAAGCAAAUGCUAAAGAAGUAAUGGACAUUGUAGAUGUACUUCGCGUUGAUCCAAAUUACUCGGUUUCUGAAGACAAGAUGACACUCUUUCUGUGUGCUUGCCUUGGAGGAAGCACAAGCCUUGUAAACUAUUUUCUGAAAAGAGGGGGUGAUGUUACAAUCAGGAACGUACACGGUGAUAGUUGUCUUCAUCUAGCUGUGUUCUCUACAUCAGGAUCGAGACAUCCUACCAAACGACUGGUGGAGAUUCUCCUUAAAAAUGGGGCGGAUCCAAAUUGCCAGAACACCAAAGGAGACACCCCCUUGCACAUUGCAGGAAUGACCAACGAUACAGACAUGAUUCAGCUUCUCAUGCUGUAUGGUGCCAAUCCUUCAAUCAGCAACUUUGAUGGUAUUCUCCCAAUUCACAUUGCAGCAAAUGCAGGUUACAUGUCAGCUGCCAAGCUUCUGAUGGUUAAACUGGAGAAUGAAUGGAAAGAAGGGGAUACCCCUCCUAAAGUCACCAUUGGUCUCCUUAGUCCAGAGAAAGCUCACCUUGUCCUGUCCUCCAGGCCCAGAAAGAUUGCCUACGCUACAUGAAUAUCACCUAGAAAAAAUAAUUGGAAUAUUGGCCCUAACCCUUGGAAGUUUUUGAAAUGUCACUUGAAGGACCAAGUUCAUAAAACUUGGACAUAAGGGUAAUCAAGUACUACUGAA